UAGAGACCCGGAUAUUAGUCACAACCUGCACACAGUUCAACCAUCAGAGAGGCAGAGUGGUGAUGAGUUGGUGCAUCCAUGAACACACGACGGCGUCACGGUCCUAGAAGCAGUCAGGAUGGGGUGUACACUGGACUGUCUCAGACCCAGUCCCAGCUGGAAACCCCCCUGGCUGUCCCAGCACCCAUCACCCCUGUCAUAGACAACUUCAGCAUGUCCUGCCGAGACCGUACCAGCGAGUUUCAGUCGGCGUGCAAGUCCCUGCAGGGGAGACAGAAUGGAGCACAACCUGUCAGAGCUGUCAACAGUGCAGUCAGACAGCGGAGUGAAUUCACACUCCUGGCGAAGCGAAUUGGAAGAGACCUCAGCAACACUUUUGCCAAGUUGGAGAAGCUCACAAUCCUCGCCAAAAGAAAGUCCCUUUUUGAUGACAAAGCGGCUGAAAUUGAUGAACUCACUUACAUUGUGAAGCAGGACAUUAACAGUCUAAAUAAGCAGAUCGCUGGCCUGCAGGAACUCGUUCGAUCACGGGGUGGACAGAAUGGCAGACAUCUUCAGACGCAUUCCAACACCAUCGUCGUCUCGUUACAGUCCAAAUUGGCGUCAAUGUCGAGUGACUUCAAGUCAGUCCUGGAAGUCAGAACAGAGAACCUAAAGCAGCAGAGAAGCAGACAAGAGCAGUUUUCUCAGACUCCUGCCUCAUCCUCCUCUUUCCACGCCAGCAGCUUCAACAAUUCGGUGCUCAUGCAGGACGACUCCAAGAAGACGGAUAUAUCUAUCGAUAUGGACCUCAGCUCCGGUCAGCAGAUGCAGUUAAUCAGUGAACGGGAGUCAUACAUUCAGAGCCGUGCUGACACGAUGCAGAAUAUAGAGUCCACCAUCGUGGAGCUGGGAUCCAUAUUUCAGCAGCUGGCUCAUAUGGUGAAAGAACAGGAAGAGACUGUACAAAGAAUUGAUGCUAAUGUCGAGGACACUCAGCUGAACGUGGAUCUCGCGCACACAGAGAUACUCAAAUAUUUCCAGUCUGUGUCCAACAACCGCUGGCUGCUCAUCAAGAUGUUCCUAAUCCUCAUCCUUUUUUUCAUUGUCUUUGUGGUUUUCAUGACCUGACGUCCACUCUUAAGAUUCAAAGAAUCAGGAGAUUCUCAGUAUUUAAGGAAUGAAAGGGGCCGUUCUCUCUGUCUCUUUUUUUACUUCUCUCUACUCUUUCUGUCCUCACCGGCCGCUGAACCUUUUAGUCCAUUUAAAUUUCAAUCUGAUAUGUUUCUGUAUCUGCACAGUCAACUGUUGAAAUAAUAUCCUUUAUUUUGGUUUUCUAAACCGUGCAGAUUACAGAGAUAUCCUUGAGUAAAGCCAGCAAUCGUCUCAUGGAGAAACAACCACAAUUUUAACAGUGUCUUGUCUAAAUCUUCUUUUAGAGAAGACUAUGCAGUGGUUCAUCUUAUAUUCUGCCUGCUGCAGACCACCAAAUCAUCUCGUAUGAAGAUUAUGCAUUACACUUUUAUGAUGACUCUGACUAGAUAUUUUAAUAUGUGUUCUUUCGGUUUUUGAUUUUGGGAUUGAUUACCACUUUUACAACACUUGUGUAGACAGCAGGUUCAGCAGGUGAGAAUUAAGUAUCUGGAGCUAGUGAACAUUUACACAUUUUGGCUGUGAAUCAUGAAAGCUUAACACAACUCAAACAGGAUUUAUUUUUGAUUUCACUGGGGGUUUUAACCAUCCUCCACAAGCUUGUUUGAAAUGUGUCAGUAUAUGGUCUCGGGGGGUCCAUGAGAAUACUUCAAAUGGUGUUUUCUACAGAAUUGAGAUUGGGGGAACGUCCCACUCCACCAUUUUUUAAAUGCAUACUGUAAAAUGGAAGAACUGAACCAUU